GCACUUCCAGAUAUCCCAAAGAACCGCCGACGGUCGAGCUGCAGCGUUUUCGCGACUUGGGCGCAAAUCUCUCUUGGCUCUCUGAUCUGCCGUUCCCGAUCGCUCGUCUGUCCUGGGCCGGUCCGCUCUCCAGCCAACCUGAUCUCUGGCCAACCCGUCAGCUCGCUUGAUUGCGCACAUUUUAAUCGAGCGACGCAGCUAAAAGUGACCACCGCCCGGUAAUAUGAGUCCGCCGUGGCAUGCUCCAAAACCUGCGCCUCCGCCUGCUGAUCCGGCUCUGCACAAGGUCAUCGACACCGCUGCGGCAUACGUCGCCCGAAACUCGUCCGACUUCAUCAAGGUCCUCAGAGAUCGCCAGCCAUCGUACCACUUUCUCUGGCCCAACGGACCGCACAGCGACUAUUUCGAAUGGAAGCUCCACCUUCUUCGAUCGGGCGACGGACUCGCCUCGAGCCCAGCUGCACCCGCCCGUGCCCCCCCGCCGACCGAAGAGCUGGUCGCAGCGAUCCCCUCUCUCACCGAUGAGAAGAUCCAAGAGCUAGUGUCUUUGACGGAUUCAAUCUGCCAAGAUUGCUCCCAGGCGAACAUACAGGCUGGCAAGGCCUGGAUAACUUCCAACUGCUCCAAUCAGCAGCACAUGGAAGCCACCAUGGCCUUCAUCGUACGGUCCAUGACUGGCCGCGAUUCCUUCGAGGGUCGCCUGCACCUCCUCUAUUUGGUCAACGAUGUCCUUUAUUUCGGAUGCCGGUUGAAUGAGUCCUGGAUCCGGACCGCCAUUCACCGCUCAUUGCCAACCAUGCUCAGUUUGGUAUAUGCGGCAAGUGAGGGCGACAAGCAAAAGGCCGACAAAGUCCUGAAGGCAGGUUCCAAGCGCAGCAGGAGCAUAUCCUGCGUUGAGGCACUUGGCUUCCAGCAUUUCGCACCGAUCGCGAAAGUGCUGUCAAUCUGGAAGGAUAAGGGCUACUUUGAUGCCCAGACUAUUGAGGAAAUGCGCCAUGUGCUUGUUGGCUCGUCGUCGUCAUCUGCAGCAGCGACCACUUCAUCCUCGCCGUCGAUGGCUGUUCCUGGGUUCUUACCGCAACCUGCUGGCGCACUCCCCAUCCAGCCUUAUGCGACCGAGGCUCCACCGUUCACACCUCCGACCGUCGCCCACUACCCAGCCGGGUAUCAUGUCGGGACCGGUGCGCCCAACGGAUUCGCCGGCAUGUCGUCACCACACGCUCCAUUCCAGGCUGCAAGUGCGCACGUUCCGAUGCCCUUACUUCCUGGUGCUGUUUCAGCCACGGCGAUCUCUCCACGACCCAUUGCUUUGCCAAUGCCAGUCGCUAUCACUCCGCCCGCUGUACUUGCAGGGCUACCGAUCAGCUCAUAUGCCCCUGCUCCGAUCGGUGUCCGACCUCCGGCCACAGUGACGCCCGUUGCUGCACCCGCUGCCUCGCCUGCACCCAGCCAAAAGUACCACGAACUCCCUGCCGGGCUUAUGGUCCCGCUCACAAAGGCGGCCGAGAAGCCGUAUGGGUCGAUUCACGCUGACGACGUCAAGAUGCCUGCCACACGACCUCCGCCCACCGAAGAGCUCUUGAAGGCUGUGGAGGAUUACUAUCGUGGAAUCGAAAAACAACGAGAGGCGCUGGCGGAACGGAGCCAGAGGGAUGGGUUCGAAGAGGAUGCCGAGGUGCUUGCCGGGCUACAUUCCAAGGACCCGGACAACGCCGAUCGGCCCACAUCGGGCACGGCAUCUGAAAUCAAGAUCGACCGUGAGGGAUGGCAGCUUGGCCUAUUGGACGAGUUUUAUUCCAAUCUGGAGACAGCUCGCAAGCGAUUCGAAGAAGAGGCGCGGCACCGGAAGCAUGACCGAGACGUUCGCCGCAGGCGCCGCGGACAAAGCAGUGAUGAAAGUAUGUCCUACAGCCGAAGUCGCAGUCGUCAUCGCAGCCAAAGUCGCAGCCGGAGCCGAAGUUAUAGCCAAAGUCGGAGUCGAGAUCGAAGUCGAGAUCGAAGUCGGGGUCGUAGCCGAAGCCGAAGCCGAAGCGGCAGUUUCAGCCCCGGUCGCCGUCGCUCCAAUGAUCGCUACAGCCGCAGUCCAAGCCGAGGAUCGAGUUACGAGUCCUCAAACAAUCGCCCGCGUGAGGUGGGGCGAUCUGAAGCCGGAAGAAGUCGAUGGCGCCAGGCAAGUCCGAAUCGAAGCCACGGCUAUAGCCGCAGUCGUAGCGGAAGCCGUGACCGUAGCUCGAGAUCGCCGAGCCGUGACCAACGGCGGGCCAGAGGACGCAGCCGCGACAGCGGCAGUGCAUCGCCUCGCCAUCUCCGAGAGGGCCUGGGAACCAGAUCCAAGAAUGAAGGAUCUACCCCCGGGCAAGAAGCAACCUUUGGAUUGGGAACGAUAGAGGCCCGGAGCGUAGGGCUAUCCGGCAGCGAUAUCUAUAGCGACUAUCGGAAGCACAAAAGCUACACGAUGCAGCGCGAUGUUGGUCCACAGGGCCGAGAGCCUGUCGGGUGCUAUCGAUGCGGCAAGGUUGGCCACAUCGCCCGCGACUGCACUUGACACCGGGUGUCCGAUCCACGCUGGAUGCGGCGAUAGUAAUCGGCUAUAACAGCACCCAUAUCACUGGAGCGGCUGCUUUCAUAUUAUGGUGAUGCGUGGGCCUGUCGCCUCAGAACGAAGCCGAUACUGCGCCAUUCGAAUAAUGCUGCCGAGGAAGACCAUGGCCCUGGGUUACUUUGGAGACAUGCGCAAUGGGAGAUGGAUACUGGAUCUUUCCUCGCUUGCUCCCGCUCGCUCCCAGGUUUCGUCGCUGUUCGCAUUCAGUUCAGCAAUACUAUCCCUCACCUCCCGUUUCGCACAGCGUUUCGAAGGUGUGGGAGCCAUUUGCUCUUGAGUCCGAUAGUGGCCCCUCUAGAUCACUGAAUAUAUGGGCUCGUGCAUCAACCACCCACAGUAG